AUGACUAGAGCAUGCCCUGAAGAGGACUGUGGAGUCUUAUCUCUACUGCUUGGCUUUGGGGGUGAAGUUUGCUCUCUUAUGUGCUCUGUGCUCUUGGCAAGAGGUGCAGCCCUUGUCAAAGUCCCAAAGGCAAUUACAGGUGAUCCAGUGAUUUGUUUUGAGAAUACUGACAAUGUUCUCUUAUUCAUGCCUGAAUGUCAGGCAGCCAGAGACUUCCUUGCUAUCUCCAGUCCACCAGUGCGGUCUGCAGAGGGUGGAGUGAAGCAGCUGGGCUCGUACAAAGAGACUGCCCAUAAAUCCACCGGUAGUAAAGCACCCAGAAAACAACUGGCCACAAAAGUCGCUCGCAAGAGUGCGCCCUCUACUGGAGGGGUGAAGAAACCUCGUUACAGGCUUGGUACUGUGGCACUCUGUGAAAUCAGACGCUAUCAAAAAUCCACUGAACUUCCGAUCCACAAACUCCCCUUCCAGCGUCUGGUGCGAGAAAUUGCUCAGGACUUCAAAACAGAUCUGCACUUCCGGAGUGCUGCUAUUGGUGCUUUGCAGGAGGCACGUGAGGCCUAUCUGGUUGGCCUUUUUGAAGCUACCAACCUGUGUGCUAUUCAUGCCAAACGUGUAAAAAUUAUGCCAAAAGAUAUCCAGAUAGCACGCCGCAUACGCGGAGAACGUGCUAAAGAGUCCACUAUGAGGGGAAACAUUUCAUUCUCAAAAAAAUUUUUUUCCUCUUCUUCCUGUUAUCAUAUUCUGAAUGUUAGAUAUUUUCCCGUGGGGUCAAAAGGUCCCUAA